AUGCAGCGAGGCUCUCAGCGCUGGACACUUCUUCUGUCUGCCUCGCUUGCCUUCCCGCUUUUUCUCAGUAUUGGCUACAAAACAUUCGUUGGGGGAAGAAUUAUAACUCUAGUACUUGUUAGCAGUGGCGAAUACGGACUAACUGGUCCUGUUGACCUCGCCAACUUUUCAUCUAGCUCUUCUGUCAUGGUCAACGCGACUAUCCCAUUCAUGUUCAGCAAUCUGACUGGACUGCCCUCUCGACCACAUCCCUUCGGUUCCAAUAUGCUGGUACUACGAAAUGAAUCCAUUACAGUCGCUAUGUUGGACGGACCAAGCCCAUCUUAUGUCACUAGCAUAAGGGCCAAGCUCGAGGGUCGACAAUACUACACAAUAACGGGCGAUGUCCAUGGACUAGCAUGGCAUCUUGGCGCCGAGGCUGACCAACAUCGUGACGAUAAAGAGUGGCGUGACGACCGUUUCAACUCAAGUGACAACAAGACCACGACACAAAUAUCUCUUUACAAGUGGAUGAAGUGGAUGCCCACGUUGUGGCCUCAACGUCAAGUGGAGCAAUUAUUUGUUCUUCUCACUCCCCACGAAAAAGACAGAAAGAUCGCACCUUCAGAAGACUGA